UACAUUUAAACUAACCGGAAAAAGUGUAGUGAAAACAGUAAAUUUUGUUUAAGAUAGAUAAUUAAAAAUUACAAUUUUUUUUAAAGAAAAAGUCAAAGAAUUUGCACAAAAUGCAAAGGGGUAAAAUUGCCUUUGGUAAAAUUAAUUUAAAUCUCAAUAAACCUGCUGAAAAGAAAGAAGAAGAAAAUGAAACAGACACAGAAAAAGCAACAACUUCAGCAGGAGGUUUUCGAAAAAUUGAUAAACAACAAAUGCAAAAACAAAUCGAGGAGGUGGCUGAUGAUUUGGAAGCACAAAAACUAAAAGAAGUCAUGGGGUUGACGGGUUUUGGCAGGAAGACAGCCAAGAUAUUUGAUAUAAAUGAACAAAUUGCCAAGGCCAAAGAAUCGGCACCCGUAAGAGUAGAACCGGAGGAAGGAGAAAAUGACAGUGAGGAUGAAGAUGUUAUAGGACCUAUGCCUACUAUGGCAGAUGCUGAUAAUACCAAGAAAAAGGUGGAGAAGCAAAAAGGUGAUAACGAGGAAGACGAUGAUGAUGAUGACGAUGAUGAAGACGAUGAGGAGGAUAUGAAUUUAGAAAAAAGAAUACCCGAUACUCAUGAAGUUCAAAUGCAACAUGGCAACAAAGCUAUUUUAGCUUUAGCCGGUGACCCGGCUGGUGCUCGCUUAGUAUCCGGUUCAAUAGAUUAUGAAAUAAGUUUUUGGGAUUUUGCCGGCAUGGAUUCUUCAAUGCGAAGUUUCCGUACUAUACAGCCAUGUGAAAAUUAUCCCAUACGAGCUCUGCAUUAUUCCAUUACUGGCGAUAUGAUUUUGGUUAUAUCGGGUAAUUCACAAGCUAAAAUCUUAGAUCGUGAUGGUUUUGAGAAAAUGGAAUGUGUUAAGGGAGAUCCUUAUUUAACUGAUAUGUCGCGCACUAAAGGCCAUGUGGCACAGUUAACUUCAGGCUGUUGGCAUCCUUAUACCAAAGAAGAAUUUCUAACCGCUGCCAUGGAUGGCACUCUCAGAAUUUGGAAGGGUAUUAAAAAUAAAGAACAACAUACUGUCAUCAAGACCAGAGCUCAGGGGGGCUUAAGAACUAAUGCUGGUUCUUGUAUUUAUAAUCGGGAUGCUACUUUAAUUGCGGCCGGUUGUUUAGAUGGUUCUAUACAAACCUGGGAUACUCGCAAAAUGUUUGUCAAUACGACACACUGUGUUAGGGAUGCGCAUCAGAAGGGUUCUGAAGUAACCUCCAUACAAUUUUCCUAUAUGGGCCAACAAUUAUCCACACGCUCGAACGAUGAAACUAUGAAAUUAUGGGAUUUGCGUAAUUUCAAAAAGCCCAUACACACCUGGUCGAAUUUGUUUUCACGCUAUGACACCACCGACUGUUGUUUCAGUCCUGACGAUAGGCUUUUAGUUACAGGCGAAUCAUUGCCUAAGGGACAAACCCAUGCCAACCUAUACUUCUAUAAUACACAAACUUUUGAAGAAGUUAAACGUAUACCGGUAACUGAUUCUCACAUUAUAAAAACUCUAUGGCAUCCUAAACUCAAUCAACUAUUUGUGGGCUGUGGCAAUGGUGUCAUCAAGUGUUAUUAUGACGAGCAGAGAAGUCUUCGUGGUGCCAAAUUGUGUGUGGUUAAAACUUAUCGUAAGAAAAAACACACUGAAGUGGUGGGUGUUUCACAGAUAAUAACACCGCAUGCCCUGCCCAUGUUCCGACAAGAGAAAUCAAGAUCGUCACGCAAGAAAAUGGAAAAGGAACGUAUGGAUCCGGUUAAAUCACACCGGCCAGAUCUGCCCAUUACCAGUGGCCAAGGUGGCAGAGUGGCUAGUUCAGGUGGCACCCUCAGUUCCUAUGUUAUACGUAACUUGGGUCUUAGCAAACGUGUGGAUGAUGAUCAAGAUCCACGUGAAGCUAUUCUAAAGUAUGCUAAAGAGGCUGCUGAAAAUCCCUAUUGGAUAGCACCGGCUUAUAAACAGACCCAACCUAAACCGGUAUUUUCCGUACCCACCGAGGGUAGUGAGGAGGGAGAGCCGGAUAAUAAAAAGGCCAAGAAGGAGUAAACGAGGGAAAAUAGUCUAGAGAUUGAUAUAAUCGCUUUUAUAGUAAGGAAAGAAAAGUGUAUUUGUGGAAAAUAAAGAUAGUUAUAUUUAAGAAGGAA